CGAGUAUGUGACAGGGACAGAAAAAGUUGCACAAAACGACAGUUACACUUGUUAGGGCCGGGAAUGGUUAAAACUUGAAACGUUGGAUUUGGAUGUGGAGGCAGUGAGGGAAAUUGAAUUGUUGAGUUGAGAAGGGAAGGGAAGAAAAAGGAGAAAAACAAAAGAGGGUACAAUCUGUCUCUCGUAGCUGGCGCUUUACCUCCAUUAUUUUUGGUUUUGGACAGACAAGGGUGUGUUUGGUUCUCUGACUACACUCACUCCUUCUCUCUUCUCAGUGUACCACACGCUGCCACUGCCCACUGCCACUAUGGCCCAGCGUCAACUCUCUCCUUUUCCCCCCUACCCUUCCACCUCCUCUUUUGUCUUCCACUUUACUCUCCCACUACCACUCCUUUGAAUCAAACACAAUACUUUCACAUUCACAACUUCACAACCAACCCCUAUCUCUCUUUCUCUCUCCCUCCUUCUCUCUCUCUCUUCUCUCUUAUUCUUGUCAAACAGACCACAAUGAAUAAUAACAUCAAUAACAAUACACUUUAGCCUGCCACCACACCUCUCAUCACCAACAAUGGGUUCAGACGCUGCUGCCACAAAACUCUCCUCUUCUGAGUCCCUCAACGGUUUGAAAUUCGGCCAAAAAAUCUAUUUUGAGGAUGUGGGUCUGGCUACACCAGCCACUUCUCUUACUUCUGCUGCUGUUGCUGCUGGUGUUACUUCCUCUUCCUCUUCCUCUUCCUCAAGGAAAGGAAGAGGUGGGUCUGUUCAACCAGCUCAGCCUCCAAGGUGUCAAGUUGAAGGGUGUAUGGUAGAUCUGAGUGAUGCUAAAGCUUACUAUUCUAGGCACAAGGUCUGUGGCAUGCACUCUAAAUCCCCUACAGUCAUUGUUGCUGGCCUUCAACAAAGGUUUUGUCAACAGUGUAGCAGAUUUCACCAGCUUCCUGAGUUUGAUCAAGGAAAAAGAAGUUGCCGCAGGCGACUGGCUGGCCAUAAUGAACGUCGGAGAAAGCCCCCACCCAGCUCUCUCUUAACCUCUCGCUAUGCCAGGCUUUCUUCAUCUGCUUUUGAUAAUAGUGGCAGAGGGGCCAACUUUCUGAUGGAAUUGGCUUCAUAUCCUAAGCUUAGUCUGAGAAAUUCACUUCCAACUCCUAGAUCAUCCGAGCUAGCUCCUGGAAGUCAAACCUCCACACUUAGCUGGCACGGCAACGCAGAGACACCAUCUGACAUUUUCUUGCAGGGUUCGGUUGGUGGGACAAGCUUUGCCGGUCCCGGUCAUCCUCCAGGGGAAAGUUACACAGGUGUCACUGACUCGAGCUGUGCUCUCUCUCUUCUGUCAAGUCAAACAUGGGGUUCUAGAAACACAGCACCAAGUCUUGGGUUGAAUAAUAUGAUAAAUUUCAACGGGACACCCAUGACACAACUUUCUGCUUCAUCUCAUGGUGCAUCACUCCAUGAACUUCCAAAUACCUCGUGGUGUUUCAAGGGCAUUGAUUCUGGUAACUGUUCGCCUGAGGUUGUCCCUGAUCUAGGUCUGGGUCAUAUUUCACAGCCUCUGAAUGGCCAGCUCCAUGGUGAGUUAGAUCUGUCUCAACAGGGAAGGAGGCAUUUCAUGGAUCUAGAACAGUCCAGGGAAUAUGAAUCUGCUCAUUGGUCACUUUAAGUGCACUUUUUUUUUUUAUGUGGCUUGUAAUAACAAAUAGCACAAACCUGUGCCUACCUGGUUACUUACCAGACUGAUAUCACUUGCUUGUUUUGGUUUGUUUAAACUGAUAAUCAAGGCGUGGGUGGCCUUGCUUCUUUUGUGGUACUUUCAGGUUCCAAAUGAAUCACCUGAGAGUGUGUUUUGUUACUGUUUUGGCAGCAUAGGUAUGGUGUCAUCUGCCAUUGCUGUCUCCUCUGGAAGUAUUUGUGAUUGGGAGGACAAACUCUUUGUUAUUUGCUACCCCUACUCAAAGCUAUUUGAUAUUAUCUUUUGACUA